UAUCUCAGUGUUCGGGAUAUCUCAGUGUUCGGGAUAUCUCAGUGUUUGACUAGAGAUUGACUGUGGCGAUUCCUCCUGACACACUAAUUAUCCCGGUGUUUUAUAACAUACUGGUUAGUUAUUAGCCAGGUAUUGUGUCCGUUAAUCCUUCAGGACACUGACGACACCCACAACUCAGGUACGUUAAAGCACUUCAUCAAUAAUUUCCAUCCAUUAAUCUGAGCAAUCGAUGGUCCAUCAUCAUUGAAUGUGUUGGUAAUUAAUCACAUGUUAUAACCUGGGUUUAGUGGGGAGAGUGUCUGAGGUCAGUAGACACCACGGCACAGAAGUAUUACAUGCUAAGAUACAGAUAUAAAACUUUAGUCUGAAGUUCAAUAAGUAUUUUAAUGAGGUGUAGUUCUAAUGAUUUUACCAAGAAGUUGUAAAUGAAACUGUGACUAUAAACAUUGGUGCUCACCUUAGCUCGUCAGAUAGUGGUGAUACAAGCGUGUUUUGACUGAAAUCGGAUGAUAAUGUAUUGGUGACAGUCAGAACUGACGUCGAUUUAAUUUAUGUAUCCAGUUUCAUUUAAUCAACAUCAAAACAUCCAUGAACAUUCCUUGUAACACGCCCUGGACCCAUGUCAGUGGUUACACCAUGGCUAUGGAUGACAUCUACACGGAUACAAAAGACAUCAAUUCCCCAGUGAAAUAGGCGAAACCUGAUGUUGGGGUGUUUACCUUUCGAAGUCGGUCACCACCACACCAUAUCAUUUGUUGGGCAUGCUUAGUCUGAUUCCGAAAGGGAUUCGGAUAUCGUCCUGUAGAUCUGAUACAAAUCUUUUCGUCAUAAGGUUAGAACGUUUAUAAUGGCCUACAUAUUCAUCAUAAACAAAAAACAAUAAUAAUAUGCAAAUGCACGAAGAGUAUGUUGAUUUGAAGCAGGUCAAUUCUUGUGAUUGGACCAUUGGAAUAUUCCCUUAACUGAUCGACACAAGAAAAUUACGGCAAUGUGGACAUGUAAAAUAAAGUUUGAGGUGUUCAUGGCUUUGUGUGUGAUGGUGUACCCAGUCCAUGGAAUGUUGAGAGCAAACGUCAGUGGUGACGUCAUCUUGGGUGGUUUAUUUCCGGUUCACAGAGGAACAGACGAUGGUCAAUGUGGCGAUAUCCAGGAACAAGAUGGUAUUCAAACUCUGGAGACAGCCGUCUGGAGCUUAAAACAAAUUAAUAACAAAUAUCCAAACCUAAGAAUCGGUCUAGUUGCCAUGGACACAUGUGAAUCGGAUACAGUGGCCUUGGAGAGCACGUUGGAAUUUGUCAGCAUAGAUGGGAAUAGUUUUGAGCCUGACCCGAAAGAAGAUGGUUAUGUUUGUCAAGAUGGUAGCCUCCCUUACCGUAACUCUUCCCCCGGCCCAGUGCGCAUGAGCAACAGGGCAGUCGGGGUAGUGGGAGCCGCCUUUAGCCAGGUGUCUAUAGCAGUAGCCAGUUUCUUGCGACUUUUCAAAGUUCCGCAGAUCAGUUAUUGGUCCACCAGUCCAGAACUUAGUGAUCAGGACAGAUUUUCUUACUUUAAGAGAACUGUACCCUCCGACGCCUUCCAGGCCCGAGCGAUUGUCAACAUCCUUGUCAACUUGGAAUGGUGGUAUGUUGUUGCCCUGUAUGAACAGACAACUUACGGUGCGAAUUUGUACUUCGAGACGAAACGUCUCGCACAGGAAGAAGGCAUUUGCUUUGGUCUUACAGAAAAGAUCAAGUCUUUGAAAGUAGGACUUGAUGACGAACUAGAAAGGAUAGCACGCAGAAUUUCCCAAGUCAAAAACACACAAGGCAAAGUUGUUGUGAUUCUUAUCACUCAUUACGGUCUGGCCAAGGCGCUGUUCCAAGCGGUGGACCGGAAGUCGCUGGGCGGUACUGUUCGGUGGAUAGGUGUUGACGCAUGGGCAGGACGUCAAUUCGAUGAGGAUAUACAAAAGGUAGUAGGAGGAGCAAUAGCUGUGCAACCAUUGGCCAGAAAACUGGAGGGAUUCGACGAAUACUUCACCAGUUUAACUCCGGCAACGAACACCUGGAAUCCAUGGUUCCGAGAGUAUUGGGAGUCCUAUUUCAACUGUAAAUUCCCUGGCAAAGCCAAAACCUCACGUUCAUGCACGGGGAAGGAACGAAUUAGUGCUGCUAACGGGUACGAACAGCUUCAGUCUCUAUAUUACGUUCGUGAUGCAAUCUUAGCCUUCGCUAACGCUCUUCAUCAGAUCCAUCUGGACUCGUGUGGACUGUAUUAUCGUGGAAUAUGUCCUAAUAUGGAGGCGAAAUUGUCGGGGGAGGCUCUCCUAACAGCUCUAGAUAACAUCGAGUUCACAGAUCCGCUAGGUUUCCCGUUCCACUUUAUCAACGGUACUGAUGGACCUCCGCGGUACAGCAUCAUGAUAUACAGAAAGGAUGGCGACCGGUUUCAGUGGCAGGAAGUCGGAAACUACACUGGUCUGGAUGGUUUGUACCAGUUCGAUAUCCAGAAUCUAUCUUACAACACGUCUGUCUGUUCGACCAGCUGUGACGUCGGUCAGGAGAGACGUGUUCUGGCCAGUCGUCCGUGCUGCUGGUACUGCAAAGAAUGUACAAAAGACCAGUAUGUAUCUGACGAAUUUACUUGUGAAACCUGUGCUCGUAGCACAUCACCAAACAACUUCCGGAAUGCGUGCACUCCCCUUCCGAUGGAGUAUGUGUCUUUCAGUGAUUCCAUCGGCAUUAUCGCAUGUGUGUUUUCCAGCAUCGGGAUAUUAUUGUGUGUGUUAGUGUUUAUAAUCUACAUCCGGUUCCGUUCGACCCCCAUCAUAAAGGCUUCCGGUAUAGAACUCAGCUUUUUCUUAUUGGCUGGGAUAGUGUUGUCCUACGCAUCAAUCUAUAUAUUUCUUGCCAAACCUUCCGCUGUGAUUUGCGGUUUCCGCCGUACUUUACUUGGAAUCUGUUAUACAGUGUGUUACGCAACCAUUUUGAUAAAGACUAACAGAAUAUACAGAAUAUUCUCAAUGAAAGACAAUGCAAAUCGUGUGAAGAUGAAGAGAUUUACAAGCUCCAAAUCUUCACUAUUAAUAACAGUGUUACUUUGUCUGAUAGAGUUAGUAGCCAUCGUGGUGUGGUUGAUAUUUGAUCCGCCUAAAUCAGUAAGUAUGGACUACAUAAGUGAUGACGAAAUCCACAAUGUUUUGGUAUGUCAUGAUAGUAUGGAUUUUUCCUACCUUGGAGUACUGAUAUACCCCUUCCUACUUAUGUUCAUAUGCAUUGUGUACGCUAUUAAAACCAGAAAGACUCCAGAUGGAUUUAACGAAACCAAAUUUAUCACAUUUUGUUCAUCUUCAACAGUCAUCAUUUGGAUCGCAUUUAUUCCUACGUACUUUUCCACGAGAAACUCGUCCCUAAGAGUGGCGUCUCUAACUAUGUCGUUGUUUGUUAAUGGUACCGUGAUAUUGUCACUCCUCUUUCUGAGAAAGAUCUACAUCGUGUUGUUUAAACCCACAAAAAACACACGUGAAAAGGUUAUGAGUCGAGCGUCCAUGAGUCACGACCUUGGUGACAGGGAUAGCAACUAUAGUAAUGUUCACACACGACCAGUUUCAGCAUACUCCGUUAGCAACCAGGACGUCCGCGAGACCGUACGACGGGUUAACGGUAUCAAAGCGGAGGUAAUCCGCAUGGAUUCGGAAGGUUUCUCAAUGCCGUCUCCAGGGAUUGGCAGCCUCGGUAUGAGUUUGAGUGGAUCACAAAUUUUGUUAGAAAUAACGCCAAAGUUUGAAGAAUAUAACGGCGAUUCCACAUGUCUGACUCUUCAAGUUCCUGAUAACAAUGGCGACCGUAGAAGCCUAACCGGAUCGGCAGUAGUGGGACAAAACAUCCCGGAGAUCAGAUUAAACGAUUUACCAUUGUCUGCAAAUGUAUCCUAGCGAACAAGGUUACAGUGAUGCACAAAGUUUUAGUGAUGGUAUGCAUGAAUAAUUUUGAAUAGUGGAUCAGAUUCAUAAAAAACACAUACAUUUGGUUUUUUAUAGAAUGGUUUCUAAUCUAUGAAAUCCAUUGCUUAAUUGGCCUGAACUAUAUGCAUGUCUAGGCUGAUGCAAGAGUGUAACCAAAUAAACAAAAGCCUUUCCAAUACUUUAUUUAAAUGUGAUCUUCACUUAUGUGUCUUUUGUGCGAAGAGGCUGUGUAUAAGUGGGAGUAUAUUGGAUACGUAUUUAAUGUUCGAUAACUCUUUCCAAAUCACACCUGUAUCUUUUCAGUUAACAUAACAUCCGGGGGGAAAUGAAUACGUAUAAUGUGGUGACGUGGACCCGAACUUUUGCUCUUAAGAUUAAAUCAACACUUGUAAGCUAGUUUAUAUGUACUUUGAUCAAUCAGUUUGUUCAAUAAAAUAAGAGUAAAAAACUAGCCUGUCAACAUAACUUCAAAUUCAAGAACACUGGGGCACCCAGCAUAUCUUAGGGAGCACACAGCAAAUUUUUAAAGCAAAAGUAUCGAUAUUUCCAGUGAUGUGAAUAUUUUUUUGUAAACCCAUUUGAAUCAAGAUUGUUUUUCCUAGUAGGAAGUCAUGGAUUUUUUGUUGUUCGACUCGGCUGUCUCCGUUCUUCUUUUUGAUAAUGUACAUGACAGAAAAUUUUAAUGAAAUGUUACAUUGCAAAUAUAGACUAGUAAAACAGCUUAUACAAUAAUUCACUGUUCACAAAGUACACAUGUACUUGACGUUAUUCUAAAAUUAUCUGAUGUAUGGAAAUUGAGAAAAGUUAUUUAAUUAUAGGGCUGCUGCAUCUCCCUGUCUAGAUUUUGCCUUUUCUUUGAUCACUUUGGAUUUUCUUUAGUCGCCUCCAAGACUUCAAACUUUAGGCACUUAGCAUCACUGACGAGUCCUAGAAGGAUGAAACAGCUGUGUGAUGCAGUUUAUUCAUUGUUUGAAUCUACAGUAUCAAACUCUAAAUCAUGAAAAGGUGCUAUUCACUAGUGUGACUUUUGUACAAUCUAUAUAAAGUGUAAUUGAUAUGAAUGUAAACUUUAAUAAAGUUUCA